GCGAUUCAUCGUCGACGCCGAGCGGCGACGACAGGUCCACCACAAACAGGCCGUUUACGUCAAUCCGAUCUCGGCACCAUCCCGGGGUGGGGAAGAGCGGUUUCGUGUCGUGGAAGGCUAUAAAGCCCCACCAAUCGUUCGUGCCGUCGACAGUCCAUACGCCCUCUCGAAACGACGAUGUAGUGCGUCCGAAAAACCGACGGGGACCAAGCUACGUUGCACGCGGACGAGCCGAUUUACGCUCGCGCACUUGUCCCGCACGAGUCCGCGAUAGUUCCACGCGCCGCACCCGGGAAACCACGUGCGAUCUACAGCGCGAGCGCACAUCUACGUCGCGCGCGAUCCGCGAGGAUUCGAACGGAGCGGGAUACAUCGGGACACCCUCUGUGUGAUCUCCCUUCUCUUCUCGCUCCACCGCGACCACCGCAAAGUGAAUCUGUUCGUCUUUUUGUGGAUUAUUGACUUCGUACCUCUGCGCGCGGUUGCAUCCCGCGCUGUGUCGUCCUUUGCACGAGAAAGAGAGCUUACCAGGAGGACAUGUUUACUUGAAGCAGAAUACUGUUUUAACAGAAAAAAUUAAGGACAAGGCACUUGUUCUACAGCUGAAAGACACCGCGACGAUGACGGCCAUGGUCGAGUCCACGAAAGCCGAGGAGGGCAAGGCCUCGAAGAAGAUCGAGACUUUCGACGACAUCCUGCCGUACGUCGGCGAGGCGAGCAGAUACCAAUGGUUCCUGUUCUUUCUGCUGCUACCGUUCACCUUCGUCUACGCUUUCCUGUACUUCGCGCAGUUCUUCAUCACCCUCAUCCCCGCCGAGCACUGGUGCACCAUACCGGAGCUGGAGCAUUGGAAUCUCACCGACUAUGAGCAAAUCGCGAUAGCGAUCCCGCCGGCUACCUCGGAGGAGUUGCAGCUGGAGACCGCCACGCCGUUCUCAAGAUGCUACAUGUACGACGUGAAUUACACCGAGCUGCUCGAGCAGGGUGUCAGGCAAGCCAAUAUGUCGUGGCCGACGAUAAAGUGCAGGCAUGGAUGGACUUUCAAUCACACGAUGGUACCGUACGCCUCCAUCGCCGCCGAGCUCGAAUGGGUCUGCGACAAGACAUUCCUGGGCUCCGCGGCUCAGUCGGCCUUCUUCGUCGGCAGCAUCAUCGGCGGCCUCAUAUUCGGCUACAUAGCUGAUCAUUACGGCAGAAUACCGGCGCUAGUCUCCUGCAACGCUGUGGGAUUCUUCGCCUCGAUCGCGACGGCCUUCUGCAACAGCUUCUGGUCCUUCUGCAUCGCCAGGAUGAUCGUCGGCUCAUCGUUCGACAACUGCUUCAACGUCCUCUUCAUCAUAGUGAUCGAAUACGUCGGCCCGAAGUAUAGAACUUUGGUGGCGAACAUGUCCUUUGGAAUUUACUUUGCCAUCGCCGCCAGUCUGCUGCCGUGGAUCGCGUAUUGGAUCGCCGACUGGAGAAUUUUAAGCGUCGUUACCGCAUUCCCGAUGAUCGUCGCUUUCCUGGGGCCGUGGCUUGUUCCAGAAAGUGCACGAUGGUACAUUAUGAGCGGCCAUAUGGACAAGGCGGUCGACAUGCUAAAGAAAUUCGCGAAGGUCAACGGCAAGGAAGUGAAGCCGGAAAUAUUCGAGGAAUUCGAGAAGAGCUGCAAGGCCAUGCUCGAGAGGAACCAAUUGCACAAUCAAUACACCGUACUGGAUCUCUUCAAAUUGCCACGGCUGGCUCGUAUCACCAUUAUACUCGUUAUUUACUGGCUCUUGAUCAUCUGGGUAUUCGACGGGCACGUUUGGAACAUGAAGUUGUUGGAUCCCGAUGUAUUCACAUCCUUCUCCUUGGCCGCCAUGACUGAGCUUCCGGCCGCGAUUCUCUUGGCGCUUUUCCUUGAUAGAUGGGGCAGACGAUGGAUGGGCUUCGCCUCGAUGUUCAUAUGCGGCGUCUUCUCGCUAAUCGCAAUCCUGACUCCUCCCGGUGCAUUAACCGUCACCAUGGCGAUCUUGGCGCGCCUUGGUGUCAAUAUCGCCGCGAAUAUCGGUUUCCAAUACGCGGCUGAAAUGUUGCCGACCGUGGUACGGGCGCAAGGUGUGUCGCUGAUUCACAUUAUUGGUUACACCGCCCACAUCAUCGGUCCCUAUGUGAUCUAUUUGGCCGAUGUGCACCCCCAUUUACCGCUGAUCGUUCUUGGCCUCUUGUCGUUCGUGGUCGCGUUCCUAACUUUGGCGUUGCCGGAAACCUUGAACCAAGAGUUGCCCGAGACUCUACAAGAGGGUAACGACUUCGGCAGGGACCAGAGCUUCUGGUGGAUACCAUGCAUAUCCUCCACCCCGCAGGUGAAGAAGUCGCUGAGGAAGCAGAAGAAGGAGGGUAUGACGAACGUGGCCUUCCACGGCAGCAUCCAGACAAUCGACUCCACCAGAUUAUAGCGGCCGUGCGGUCGCGGCAGAGGAUUUGCCAAAAUCGUUGUAAAUAACUCACGUGUGAUCUUAGGUGUUUUUUCCUCGAAGCUCGUGUGAGAUGCGACGGACACGUCGGGCGCGUGUGAUGUGCGGUGACCCAAGCGAACUGCGGACGCAGUGGUGUGGACCAAGUGGACGAUGGUAUAAGUGCAGGAUGCGCCGCCAGGCAUUCCGGGGGGUGCACGCUCACUUGAGCGGGCACGAAUGCGCGCGGAGUGCACUUCGAAUCGCCGAACGCGACCGUCUCGUGAGUGUAGAAUUACUUCUCGGGUCGUUUCUUCGCGACACACACGUGCACAGAGUAUAUACCGAUAUUCCCUUUUCGAUUGUCGACUCGCGGCUCUGCAAGACGCAGCGUGAUACACAGCUAUUUAACUACGUAGCUUUAGAUUAGUCACAACGUAACGAGUAACUUACUUACAUCGUAUCCGCGGGAUAUCACAAAGGGACAUUCAGCCUUGCUGGUUCGUUGCUCAUUCCUUCCUAGAUAAAACGGAGCUUCAGACUCAGAGGGCGAUUAUGCGUAGCGAAUGACACAUAGAUUCGCGUUCUGUUGUACUCUUGAUACUUUUUCAAUCAUACAGCAGACCAGACGAAUCGACAAAGGGACCGCAGUCCCUCUCUUGAUAUAUCAUCAAGAAUUGUUACGAAAUUGCCAUGCGCCAGUGGCAACGGCGAUCACAAUCAAUUAGUUACAUAAGUAGAAAAUUCUAUGUAAUUUAAAGCGGGUAGACUAACGCGACCUUCGUCGCAUCGCAAAUGGAAUCUCUCAUCUGCAUUUACUGCCAGAUCUGAAAAUUGUUGAGAAUCACAAAUAUAUGAAAUCGCAACCUCUACAGUUCAUUCCAUCUCGUCAAUUGCGAUCUCUAGAAUCAACUGAAUUACUGAUGAGAAAUUAAACAAAUAGCAUACAUUUUA